CCCAAGUCUUAACCAGCCAUAGUUCUAGAGGCACGCAAGAAGGAUGGAAACAGUUCCAUUAUUUGGUCUCAUCCCGCAAUUUAUUGGAGCUUGGAGGUCUUCACUACGACUUGAGUCCUUGAGUUCCUGAUUAGACGAAAGAUUAUCCAUCAAACUUGGAUACAGCAGCAGAUUCCAAGCUAUAUUCUGAUGUGCCCUUUUUGAGCAGUGAAAUUCUGUGGAUUAACUGGCAUAGAGAAUAAUGGCAGAGGGUGUGAUUCUUUUAACGGUGACGAAGAUUGGCACUGCUCUGGGAAAUGAAGUGAUAAACAAAGCUAGUUCGCUGUUCAGAAACUUCAAAGCACAGCUAGCAGAACUCCAAGGUGGAAUGAGCCGUAUUAGUUGCGAGCUCAGGCUGAUGCAUGAGUUUCUUUGUAGAAUGGAUGUACGCAAUCGGAAGGACCAAGCAUAUGAAAUUUGGAUGGAGGAAGUGAGGAAAGUAGCACACCGGAUUGAGGACAUAGUAGAUGAGUAUCUACACCUGGUAGGGCCGAAACAUGUCAUUGGAUGGAGGUUUUAUCUGACCAAAGGAUUCAAGCAACCAGAAGCUUUGCUUUCUCUAAACCGGAUAGUCUCCCUGAUAAAGGAAGCAGAGGCCAGCCUUGUGCACCUAUUCCAAGUAAAAGACCGAUGGGUUCCAGUGCCAAACAAUGGCUCUGCUGAUAACUCUGCCUUUAUUGUUGAGAGGUCCCAACAUCUUGCAAGCACCUCUCGUUCUAUCAGCGAAGAUCUUGUGGGGGUCGACGAAAACAGAAAAAAACUACAGGACUGGCUAGGUGAUCAUGUGAAGGACUGCUCUGUAGUAGUACUGAGUGGCAUGGGAGGCCUUGGCAAAACUGCUCUAGCUGCAAAUGUGUAUAAAGGGGAGAGGAAAAAUUAUGACUGCCAUGCAUGGAUCUCUGUCUCACAAACAUAUUCGCAAAAGGAUCUCUUGAGGAAACUAUUUAUGGACCUUCUUCAUGGUGAGGCAAUUGCUCCGGUCGACAUCGAUACAAUGGACAUUCCCGGAAUUCAAGAUGAACUAAGGAAGUUUCUAGCGCAAAAGUACCUGAUUGUGCUGGACGAUGUCUGGAAACAGGAAUCAUUCAGUGAUUUGUUAGGAGCAUUUGCCCCAUAUACUAAAGGAAGCAGCAUAGUGAUCACGACACGCAGUGCGGAUGUAGCUAGGCUGGCUUCUGAAGGACGUGAACUUAAAAUUGAAUGUUUACCAGAUGACAAGGCACAGGAACUCUUCCAUAGGAAAGCUUUUCGGAGGGAGGAAGAUUAUAAAUGCCCUACAGAGCUGAAGUACCACUCAGAGCAGAUUGUGGCAAAGUGUAAAGGCUUGCCUCUUGCUAUUGUGUCGGUUGGAAGUCUCUUGUUUGUGCGCGAGAAGAAUCCGACAGAAUGGAAACGGAUCCACGACCAGCUAGGUUGGGAGCUGGGGUAUAACCCAGGGCUUGAUCAUGUGAGGAAUAUUUUGCAUCUGAGCUUCAUAUACCUUCCGACGUACCUGAAGAGUUGUUUUCUGUAUUGUGCCUUGUUUCCAGAGGACUACAUUCUUCACAGGAAGGUGCUCAUCAGACUAUGGAUCGCAGAGGGGUUCAUUGAGGAAAGGGGUGAUAGUACAUUGGAAGAAGUGGCAGAAGGCUAUUUGAAUGAGCUUGUCCACAGAAAUAUGCUGCAGCCCGAGGAAUGCAACUCAUUUCGCAGAAUAAGAUCUUGCAAAAUGCAUGAUAUUGUUCGUCAGUUGGCAAUUGAUUUAUCCCGGAAAGAAAGUUUUGGUCUUGCAUAUGAGUAUGGGAAUCAUGGUAUUCUUGACACAAACACUCGCCGCUUGGCUGUAUCUAAAUGCCGCAAUGAUAUUUGGUUACAUUUACAACUACCUCGUCUUAGAUCCUGCAUCAUAUUUGAUGAGGCCAUGCCAUCAUCCAGAAUACUUGAUUCUGUAGCAGAUAAGUCUAAGUACAUCGUAGUCCUAGAACUACGAGGCUUAUCUGUUGAGAAGGUGCCAAGUGCUGUUGGAUAUCUUUUUAAUCUUUGCUAUUUAGGAUUACGGGAUUCAAAGGUGAAGAUCCUCCCAAAGUCUAUCGAGAAGCUCUCCAAAUUAUUGACAUUGGAUAUUGUCAACAAUAUGAUACAAGAAUUGCCACAUGGGAUUGUCAAGCUGAAAAACUUGAGGCACUUGUUGAGAGAAUUGUAGAUCCGUCACAUCGAUCUUUUAUAUGUCGCCAUGGUAUGCGCAUCCGGAAGGGUCUAUCAAAUUUGACAAAUUUGCA